CACUGCUGCCGCCAGCGGCUCUACGUCAGCUUCCAGGAGCUCGGCUGGGACGACUGGAUCCUCUUCCCCAGCGGCUACUACGCCAACUACUGCCUGGGAAACUGCGCCAGCCGCACGCCCGACACUUUCCGCAACUUCCACACGCACGUGAUCGAGGGUUACCGGGUCGUGACAGGCGGUCACGGCCUCGACGGCUUCAAUCCGUGCUGCGCGCCCACGAAGCUGUCGCCCAUGUCGCUGCUCUACUUCGACGCCGACAAGAACAUCAUCAAGCGCGACCUGCCUAAGAUGGUGGUGGAGGAGUGCGGCUGCAUGUGAACGCGGCGCGACCCGCGCCUGUGAUAUUACACAUUAUC